AUGAAUGCCCCAAGCCCCAGUCGUCGAAUUCCAGUCACACAGGCGGCCUUCGACGAUAUUCACCUGAAGAAAGACCGGAAACGAACAUCCCUCACCGAGAAACUAAGGAGCAACUGCUACUGCUCGAAAAAGAGGCUAUGGAAAAUAGUCAGCUCUUACAUACCGUUGGUGAAGGUGAUCAGAUACUAUAAGCUGAAAGAGUAUCUUCUUAUUGACUUUUUGGCGGGAAUUACGAUUGGGAUUAUGCACAUUCCCCAGGCGCUUGGAUUCGGAAUGCUCGCCUCAGUCAAAAUCGUCAACGGUCUUUACACAUCUUUCUGGCCGAUCGUUUUAUAUUUAAUAUUUGGUACAUCUCCACAUGUAUCUAUCGGCACCAGCGCCGUGAUUUGUAUCCUUACAGCCGGCAUCGUCGACCGUGAGUCUAUCGUCUUCAAGAAGAGUUGGAUGAAUGGUACUACCUACCAGAAUGAUUCCGAUUUCAAUUGGGAAUCUAUCCCUCAGUUUAUGGACUAUAAAGAAGAAACAGCAAUGGCAACGGCUCUCAUAGCCGGAUUAAUUUUACUCAUAAUGGGGUUCUUAAAACUGGGAUUUAUAACUGCAUAUCUGUCGGAGUCUUUUUUUAGUGCUUUUACGUCUGGUGCAGCCGUUCAUAUAGCGACAAGCCAAAUGGCGACAAUGCUUGGUUUGAUCAUUCCUAAACACAGCGGUAUGCUAAAAAUCAUUUACACCUACCGAGAUAUUUUCUCUAAUAUCGCGUCUACUAACGUAGCUGAACUAAUUAUCGCCCUUUGUACCAUUGUGAUAUUGCUUCUCGUGAAGGACUGCAUUAACGAUAGGUUCAAGCAUAAAUUAAAGGUACCUAUACCGAUCGAGUUGAUUGUAGUUGUGAUGGGUACCUCUCUGUGCUAUCUGUUUAAAUUCAACACGCUUUAUGAUGUGAAAAUAAUCGGACAAAUCACAACGGAGAUACCAGUACCGAAGGUUCCCUCGAUGGCCAGGGCCCAGAACAUCCUAGUCGACAGCUUCAUCAUCGCCAUCUUGAUAUUUGCAAACACCAUCGCCAUGGCGAAAAUCUGCGCCAAGAAACACAAUUACGAAGUGGACGACUCCCAGGAGUUGAUCGCUUACGGCAUGUGCAAUUUCGUUAGCGCUUUCAUGUUUUGUUUCCCUUCCAGCAUUGCCCCACCCCGUUCAUUGGUCGCCAGCUCGAUGGGUGUCAAAACCAACAUCAACGCAGUCUUCACCUCCAUCCUUAUGUUUCUUGUCCUUAGUGUCAUUACCAGCCUGUUUGAGACUCUACCUAAAACAGUUUUAGGGGCUGUUAUAACGAUUGCCCUCAAGGGACUAUUUAUGCAGAUUGCUGACGUCAAAAAGUUUUAUCAUAUCAACAUCUUCGAUUUUAUUAUCUGGAUGUCGACCUUCCUCGGCGUCGUCUUUUUAGACAUUGACUAUGGCUUAUGCAUUGGGGUGUGUGUUUCGUUGGUCACUGUUGUCUUCCAAACCCAGUUUGCAAAUGGAUACCGCUUAGGCCGUGUUCCUAAUGAAGGCUUGAUGGUCGAGCAUAAACUUUAUCUGUCUUCGCAGGAAAUUAAAGGAAUAAAAAUAUUUCGUUUUGAAUCCAAUCUUUACUUUGCCAACGCUGAAAUCUUCCGAGGCCUCCUGUAUAAAAAGACAGUGAAUCCGCGUAAAUAUCUCAAACAAUUACAGAAACGUGAAAAACAAAAACUGAAGAAAAAUGUCAAGCCUCUUUUCAGUUCUGUGGAUCUUUUGAAUCGAACAAGCGAUGUUAAAACUGAAGAAAAGAAGACAGAAUGCCGUCUCGACAAUCCCGUAUUCUCUUUGUCAUCAGAAGAGUCUCCAUCGACAACUUCGAAAACCUCUCCUCAAAAAGGAGUAACCGGAAGUUCCGUGUCGUUCGUCUCAUCCGGUCGCCCGUCGAUCGCCCCGGUCAGUGGAAUCAGACUGCAGGAAGGUCGACGGACAUCUUGUACGCCCAGCAUGGAUUCCAGCAUCGUAUGUCUUGAAGAAGAGGAAGAUCCCGAAGACGGAGGAGUGCUAAUCACUGAAGAGAAGUUCAGUCUUAUGAAAUCCGUGCAUCACGUGAUUAUCGACUUUUCUCGCGUGAACUAUAUGGAUGCUUCCGGCGCCAAUGUUCUCAGCCAUAUUUGCACAGAAUACGAACACGUGAACAUACGCGUCUUCCUCGCCUGCUGCAGCCACAAUGUCCGGCAGACCAUGCUCCACGCUGGCGUUAUUGACCGCUAUACCAAAAGCAACAUAUUUCUCACGCUCAGCGAUGCUAUUUCUCAAGCGAGAAUCGAAAAUGUGGAGAAAAAGAAUGUAGAUCUUUCUGAUUUUUCUGACGAAGAAGCAGCAGAAGACUCAUAUAUUACAAAACUCUAG